AUGCCGCGAAUACCAUUGCAAACGCGGGCAAGCGCAUCUGCCGGGACUUCGAUGAUGCUCUCCUUGAUCUACUUGGCCCUUCUCCUCCCAUCCUUUGUCCUUUCUCUCGGUAUCGAAGACGCUCCUAAAACCGCCGCACUAGAUGGCCUAAUAAUAGACAGAGAUGUGGCGGGAAGGAGUGCGGAGGUGUUGUACGAACCACAGUUUGUCUCGUUUGAAAGGACGCUCAUAGCGAGGCAGGCGGAAAAUAUCAAAGUUCUAGGGAACAACAGCCCUCAGCGGUUCUCUAUGGAUCCGGCAUCGAUAGCCUUCUUUGCCUUUUCCGUCGACGGGCUAACACCGAGAGCGGCACCUUUCGAGCCUGACCUCGAAUCGGCGAGCAGCGUGGGGCAGAGUCCUAACCCAUUGAUCGAGGAUUUAUUCAAACGACAGACAGAACGAACUGUCUUUAUUUCGGCUAAUGUUUGCCGUCACCCUGAGAGGAACACCGAUGAUCAACCGCCGGCGCUGCAUCUCAUCGUUUCCUCUGACCCUGACGAUCAAUUUCCGAAUAGCACCAAGGCUACGACACAAAACGUAAUAUUCUUCGAGGGCUCAGCAAUGCAGAGCAUAUCCAUAUCUUCGGGUACCGUUUAUUUCAGCAUCGAAGCGCCACCUGUGCCGGAUGAUUUUAAAGGGGAAUGGAAUCUCGAAGUGGCUGUAUCCGAUGAUGGCUGGUAUCAUAGCUAUGUCGAAGAAUCUGGAGAGGGUAAUGGCAUGCUCUGGGCUGCAGAUGUCGAUGGCGGAUCCGCACUCCUCAUGACGAAAAACUUGACGGAAAGCAGGGUGGAGGCUAGUGUUCUGAUGACAACUCCUGGGCUGCCUUUCACUCUCUUCGUCGACGCUUCCCAGUCGCGAAGCCUUGACGGAGUGCGGCGCUCCUUUUGUGGGCUGCAGAACUACGCUGGAAUUGCUUCCACGAAGAACGACAAGCCGACCGAACAAAUGCUGAUGAGCAUGACUACACGUGGGUUGGGCAAUUUCCCCAAACAGCAAUUCUGGUUUGGGGGCCUCAACUCUAGCACUAAGUAUACGGGGAUUUUAGUCAAGUCCAAAACCAGUGUGCUAGCAAAGAGGCAGAAUACGGGUGCCAAUACCGGCGUCAUCCAAGUCUUCCCAGAGUUCCAGUUCCAAACCACGGAAGGAGACAAUUGCCGAGUCAUCACAGACCUAGAGUUCUGUAAUGAAGUAGAGUAUGCCGUGCCGACCAACAGUAACAAGUUUAGCAACACAUCCGCUUUAGCUAAGGCUUACGACGACUUUGCGAAGACUAUGUACGCCAACUUCGAGAAGGCCAUGCAACAAGUCCCCUGCGAAGCUCCGGUAACUGCCCGGUAUUCAUUAGCCCGAACCUGCGACGACUGCAAAGUGGCCUACAAAAACUGGCUCUGCACAGUCGCGAUCCCCCGCUGCGAGGACCUCUCCUCCACCAACGCGAAUGCGCUUAUCAGGAACGCCCAACAAGAGUUCCCCAACGGAACCAAGCUUGACGAAUCCUUCGUUAAUAAUCUCCGAGAAACCGAGGGCCCGGGUGUUUUGUUUUCCAGGCAUUCGUGGAUCGAUGAAGUGAUCGCCCCGGGGCCUUACAAGGAGAUCCUGCCUUGCGACGACCUGUGUUAUCAAAUCGUCCAAAGCUGCCCGGCGUCCAUGGGGUUCAAAUGCCCUGUUCCUGAAGAUGAUAACUUCAAGUUCAGCUACGCACAACGUAGCGAAGGGACCUGUAACUUCCCCAUCUCUGCGACCUUUGUGUCCGGAGGCAAAACCGUUGUUGCGUCGGGGAUGGUGUUGAUAGCGGCAUUGACUGCAUCUUGUUUCAAUUAUUUCUAA